AUGGAAUUGGGUGAAGACACAGCCGAAUCGGUUGACUUCAAGGUUGCUGAGGUGAAGCCAGUGAGAUUAUCCCUGCAUCUUAUUCAGAAAAGACACAUUAAUGAUGCUCAGCACAAAAGUCAGGAGGAAAUUGUACAAGCUCUCAACAAAAUCACCCAUCUCCGACUUGAUAGAGAAAAUAUUGGACAGAUUGACAACCUUGAACUCCUGGGGGAUAAAGUCACCAAUGUGUAUUUACAGAAGAAUAAAAUCCAGGUGAUACAGAACCUUGAGUGCCUUAAGAAUUUGACAUUCCUAACAUUGGCUGACAAUCAGAUCAGUCAAGUGGAGGGCCUGACUCACCUCAACAAAUUGCUUCUCCUUGACCUGUCUAACAAUUUCAUCCACCAUUUCCAAAUAGAUGAAUUUCCAGAGUCUGUGAUGAUCUUAAAUCUGAAGGAAAAUCCAUGUACUAAAUUACCAGAUUACAGAGGAGGGCUGAUACAGGACCUUGAGAAAUUGCAGAUACUUGAUGAAGAAGAAGUGACCACCACUGAGAAGCGUGAGGCUGGAUUUGUGGUAUCUAGUGAUGAGGAAGAAGAAGAGGAGGAGGGGGGCAUUAUACCUUCCUUCACAGAUGGAGAUAGUAUCAGCACAUGUACUUCCCGGAUCCUAAUGCAUUCCAAGGCACGUGCUGAUGAGAAUUUAAAGACACAUUUGGAACACACAACAGAAUUAGACAAUUAUAGAGAAAAAUUUGACCUUCCUAUGUCUUCCAGGGCACAGACUCCCAGUGUCAAUAAAUGAUGGGAAAAAAAGUACAUGUAUAAGUGUAGUAGCAUUAGCCAACCAAACAGCUGGCCAGUUACAGAGAUCAGGAAGCAUAUUGUUAAAAAAUGUUUUAAUUGCCAUGAAAGUGUUAUGGAGAAAACAUAAAACUGUCCAAUGACAAAAAAUUUACAACUGUAUUGAUCAGGCAGAAAGCUUGUGCCUGAUGAGAAGCCUACCGUAUUUGUUGUUUUUAGUUCACCUGACAAGAAGGACCAGCUGAGGCUAUCAUCUGUUGUCCAUCUGUUGUUCAUCCCUUGUCCAUCAUCUGUCAACGUUUCCAGGGACCUGAGGGGGCGGGGCCACAUGGGGAAAAUCUACCAAUUUUUUAAAAAUCUAUCUUGUUCUUCAGGAGUUGCAGGAUGUUGUCCAGAUUUACUCUGAAGCAUGUUUGAGUGGUAGGACAUCAGUGUUGUAUGUAUGAUGGAACUGACUUUAGUUUAGAUUUAUCAAUUUUUGCAACUUAAACCAUGUGAAUGAUACAAGCCAUAUGGGCUUCUUGUUCAAUAACAUCAAACACAAGCACUUUUUUAUUGUCCUGUAAUAAGCCCACCCCUGACUUUGAGUCAGAAGUCAGUGUAGGUCCCCAGAGGUCCUGUAAUAUGCCCAUCUCCUGACAUUGAGUCGGAGCUAAAUAUCAACCUCCUGGGAUCCAUUGAUGAGUCUUGAGAUAAACUGAAAGUACUAAAUAAAUAUAUUUUUUUUAAAUCACUGUGAUAUUUUUAUUUCAUAGCAACAAAUAUUGACUAAUUCUCUUUGACAUGGUGAGAAAAAGCAGUUCAGAAAAAUGGACA